GUCGCGCCUGGAAGCGAGCGCCAGGUAAACCAGGUGAACGCCGCUGCUCCGGACACACAAGCGCUCAUCUGCAGCCAUGGCUCCGAGACCACAAGAGGGGGCAGAUUCAUCCUCAACCAAGGAUGACAAGUCUUUGGGUAAAGCUAAGGAUUUACCACCGGCUUACUCCACCUUGGACCUGGUGAAUGAGGAGCCUCCUGAGGACGAUCCCUGGGAUCUCCCGGAACUCAAAGACACCGGGAUAAAGUGGUCGGAACUGGAUACACAAGGGAAGAUAAUAAGAGUGCUGAGUGCCAUUGUGAAGCUAAUUCUGCUGCUUGGAUUACUUUACCUGUUUAUUUGCUCACUGGAUGUUCUCAGCUCGGCUUUCCAGCUAGUUGGAGGCAAAGCCGCUGGUGACAUCUUCCAGGACAGUGCUGUGUUAUCCAACCCUGUGGCUGGGCUUGUGAUCGGGGUCUUAGUCACUGUGCUGGUGCAAAGCUCCAGCACCUCCUCUUCUAUUGUAGUCAGCAUGGUAUCAUCUGGAUUGUUGGACGUCAAAUCUGCAGUACCGAUCAUCAUGGGAGCCAACAUUGGAACAUCGGUCACAAACACCAUCGUGGCUGUGAUGCAAGCUGGAGAUCGAAAUGAGUUCCGCAGGGCUUUCGCUGGUGCUACCGUCCACGACUUCUUCAACUGGCUCUCUGUGCUGAUUCUUCUGCCCUUGGAAGCAGCGACAGGCGUUCUCUACAAACUCACAGACCUCCUAAUCACAUCCUUCAACAUCCAGACCGGAGAGGAUGCCCCUGACCUGCUUAAGGUCAUCACCGACCCUCUCACCAGCUCUAUCAUCCAGCUGGACAAGACAGUGAUCGCUGACAUUGCAACUGGUGACCCCGAAGCGAGGAACAAGAGUCUGGUCAAGAGAUGGUGCAAGACAGAGAAAAACAUGACUUUCUGGAAUGCCACCGUGGAGAGUUGCCCUGCAGGUGCCGUCUGUUGGGUGGAAGGAAACCAGACCUGGACAGAGCUGAACUCCACAUGGACCGAAUAUCUUGAGAGAUGCAAGCACAUCUUCGCCAACGUUGACUUGCCAGACCUUGCCAUUGGCCUCAUUCUCUUGGCUCUGUCUCUGCUCAUCCUCUGCACCUGCCUCAUCCUCAUUGUCAAGCUGCUCAACUCUAUGCUCAAAGGACAGGUGGCUCUGGUCAUCAAGAAAGUGCUCAACACAGACUUUCCCUUCCCCUUCAGUUGGGUUACUGGCUACAUUGCAAUUUUCGUUGGAGCAGGGAUGACUUUCAUUGUCCAGAGUAGCUCUGUCUUCACAUCGGCUAUAACGCCUCUUGUCGGUAUUGGUGUCAUUUCCCUUGAGAGAGCUUACCCUCUGACCCUAGGGUCAAACAUUGGCACAACAACAACCGCUAUACUGGCUGCUAUGGCUAGCCCUGGAGAUACGCUAGCAAACUCCUUGCAGAUUGCACUUUGUCACUUCUUCUUCAACAUAAUGGGUAUCGCCCUGUGGUAUCCCAUUCCCUUCAUGCGAGUGCCCAUCAGAUUGGCCAGAGGGCUGGGGAACAUAACAGCCAAAUACCGCUGGUUUGCAGCUCUCUACCUGUUCUUGUGCUUUUUUGUACUGCCUCUGACCGUGUUUGGUCUGUCAAUAGCUGGCUGGCAGGUCCUGGUCGGCGUUGGCGUCCCUAUCGUCACGCUUAUCAUCAUUGUGAUCAUCAUUAACGUGAUGCAGUCACGAUGCCCUCGCUUCCUCCCUAAGUCCCUUCACAACUGGGACUUUUUGCCCAAGCCCCUGCACUCCAUGGAACCGUGGGACAAAAUGGUGACGUUUUCCAUGUUGUUCUGUGGCAGACACUGCUGCUGCUGCUGCAAAUGUAGCAAUUGUUGCAAAAAAGAUGAAGAGGCUGUAAAGGUGUCAAGGACCAGCAGGAAGCGCCAGGAGAUGUACGACAACCCCGCUAUGUCUAUAGACGAAGAAACAAUGCAGAAAGAGAUAGCAACCCAGUUGUAAUAUCAUCACAUUAUUUGUAAGCAACUGAUCUCUCUAAAUUGGCCUUAGGUAUGAGGGUGUCUGUGCAUGGUUGUUUCUCUGUGUUACCCCAUGAUGGACUGGCGACUGGUCCAGGGUGUUCCUUUUUGUCCUCCAGAUAGGCACCCACCACAAGGACAAGCGGGUAUAGACAAUGGAUGGAUGGAUGGAUGGAUGGAUGGAUGGAUGGAUGGAUGGAUGGAUGGAU